AAGGCAACGACAAGGCCUGGAGUCGACCAUCACCGUUCCUCACUUUACAGCCAUCAUGAUCCUCGCGCAAUGACAAGCUAUUUCUCACGGGAUUCAGGGAAAAUCUCAAUGUCCAAGCGCACGCUUGGACCUUUCUUUAUCCGGACCGUGCUGCCGUCGUCUUCUGCCAUUAUCGCAGACUUGACAAGAGCCAUCCUGUGUUUGAUUCUGAACGAGGGCUCCACGGUCCAGGCACGAUACGGGACUGGAAGCGGUCUUCUACUCUGCGCAAUCUAGUGGUGCGAGUAGGCCGGCUGGGACAUAUCUGCGCGCGUCCAUGUGCAUUGGUGCGAGGCCAGACACCGGCUGCCGUCUCUCACGCGCGAAUAGAUUUCCAGACACGAACACGUUCUGGGUCAAGAGGUUGUCUGCCAGUGUUCGCAAUGCAGUCGGCGGACAAGGAUAGUCUUGGCCAUCAUCUGCGUCUAGACAACAAUUCUUCGCCUCAUUCAUCUCGCUAUCUAGGCGCUGGCGCUCUAACUUCGCCGUCGGGGCCGUCCGAUUCGUGUCGAUUGGAUUCCCCUUGCAGAGCACUUUGUAUUGAUCUCACGAGCAACCCGCUCAUGGCAUUCUAGAUAGGCUGCCGUUCACGAAAACUCGGCUGCUCCUGCCGUCGUCGCUGGGAUCAAUAAGUUCUGGAUUUGAUUCGUAUCGAGAAGACCCCCGCCUUUUGCGUGGUUCUCCAUCGACUCUGGUUGCAGUCGCGCCGUUCAGCCUACCAUCGAUUUCUUGGCUCUCCUUCGGUUGCUCUAUCUCUCAAGGAUGUUUGAUCUCCCAUCGUCUUGUCUUGCGGAAGGUGCGGCGGUCCGCCGUUCAUCGGUGGCCCGCAUGAAGUCUGGACCAUCGCUCUGACGUCGCAACGCCACCCUCCGUUCGUCUUGCCCAUCGUCCAUAAGUCCGAUCGAAGAGGACAUGAGCCAAUACAUCGCUCCGGCAACUCUUCUCUUUGCGCGGUACAGGACGCCUUGAUAUUCCGACACCGCCAGGCUUGGACAUCCGCGGAGAUUUUCGUCAUCAAGAACUUUAAGGAGAGCGAGUCGCGCAGGAAGCUGCACCCAGAAAGAAUCCGAAGCACAAGAAGCUCCAUGACAAACGCAUCUCAGUAGAAGAGAGCCACUAUCAUAUCGCUAGGUCGAUCCACGAAGGACAUCACACAAUACGGCUCUCGCUCCUUUCUUUGCCCUGACAAGUGUCUUACUCAUCUUUUUCAGGAACCGCGACCGGUACAUUUUGUCUCCGAAUACUUGACAAUCUAAUCCGGUGGAUCUUCCGUCCACUUGGUGGGUCUAUCCCAGACAUGAGGUCAUUGUUGCCCCGAAGUCCUGUGCCGUGUCUCGGUCAGCGCGGAUCACCAGGCACACCAAGGCGACUGGGGCUCCUCGUGUGGCGAAGAUUCUCUUGGAUGUGAUCGACUUUUCUUCACCUGCAAUAUGUCUUCUUUGCCAGGUUCCGCGGACGUUCCAAUGAACAACACCGGCCCGACCGGGAGACGUCUGAAUGAGAUGGCUUGCAGUCACUUCAGGUCGCAGUUCGUCUGUGCCCUCAUCGUCCUUCUAAUUGCUGGGAGUGACGGCCAGCCGGGUCCCCUUGGCGAGGUGCCGUCCUUGGGCGUCCAUCUCGGAUUCAACGCAAGACCGCUUACCUUCUUCAAGCUUCAGGUCCGAUUUGGUGUUUUCCAGACCUCUGCUCUCGGGAUCGUUUCGCAUGGAAUAUCCCCACGAUCCAUCCUCGCUCCUCUCCAGCCCUCCCACACCAUCUUGUCGGUUUCUUUCCCCUUUGUGUGGUCUGGGCAAGAUGCUUUCCGAGUCUCAAAGGCACCUGCUUCCUCCAAGCAUGCACCACUCAAUAUGUCGUCCAGAACGACAUUGCCUCGACUCAAAAAUGUCCAUUCAACCGACUACAUUCAGAUUGCUUGAGAUCCUGGCGGAGCGGGUUCACUGGCCUGGAUAGUCAGUUGAUAGAACGCUGUCAACCAGGACAGGCAAUUCACAAGGCAAUUUAUUCAACAAGGCAAUUUAUUCAAUGUCCAUAUUCGGAAACCACAUCACGCUGAUGAAGUGUAUGACUGUUCGAUUUGCAGAGGAGAAGAGCAAAGUGAAACUG